GGUGGCACUGAUUGGCACUGAUGGGUGACACUGAAAGGCAGCUCAGAUGGGCACUGAUAUGUGGCAUUGAUGUGCACUGGUAGGCACUGAAAUGUGGCACUGAUGGGCACUGGCAGGUGGCAUGGAUGAGCACUGACAGCUGGCACUGAUGGACACUGACAGGUGGCACUGCUGGGGCUACACAGAUCAUCAGGGCACACUGAUCAUCAUUGCCCUCAUGAUCACUGUCAGCGUGACAGCUCGUGAGGAGAGAAAUGCCGAUAACUGGCAUUUCCCUAUUUACAUGUGAUCA